GUUCUCCUGGAGAAGUACAAGUACGUCGAAAACUUCCGUUUGAUCGACGGCCGCCUCGUCAUCUGCACAAUCUCUUGUCUCUUCGCCAUCGUAGCUUUGAUUUGGGAUUACCUGCACCCUUUUCCCGAAUCCAAACCUGUCCUUGCCUUUUGUGUGGUAUCCUAUUUUGUGAUGAUGGGCAUCCUGACCAUCUACACCUCGUACAAAGAAAAGAGUAUUUUCCUCGUAGCUCACAGAAAAGACCCCGCGGGGAUGGACCCCGACGACGUUUGGCAGCUCUCCUCCAGUCUCAAACGGUUUGAUGACAAGUACACGCUGAAGCUGACCUUCAUCAGCGGCAGAACCAAACAGCAGAGGGAAGCCGAGUUCACCAAAUCCGUGGCGAAAUUCUUCGACGACAACGGGACGUUGGUCAUGGAGGCCUACGAGCCCGAGGUGUCCAAGCUCCACGAUAGCCUGGCCCUGGAGAGGAAAACGAAGUGA